AAUCUCUUCUCGCCUGAUCACCUCAGGCUGGCUAAAUCUAAGUCCUCGCGGAUGCCUGACCAAUCAACUGGGAGUCAACUGGCCGAGACUGAUGCUACUUGUGUCGUUGGACAAGAUGACAAGACAAUAGGUCAACAAAGAGGGAAGCUAAUUGGCGAGCAGCGUAAAUGUCAUAUUUGUUACCUGACCGGCCAUUUGGCCUCUAAUUGCCCUCAGCGACGCACUUCUAAGCCAUCUAGACAAGGCCAAGGGGCCGUAACGGGGUUUGACCGGCUACAGGGUACAGAAGGAAAUGCGCCUCAACAACCGAACAACCAGCACCAACGUCCUAAACCAAAUCAGCAUUUGUCUCACUAUAAGCUUAACCAGGGACCUUAUAAAAAGUUCAAACUAGAACAUCAGCAAAAUAACUUUAACCAAAAGCAAUCUUUACAAAUUCAGCAAUUUCAGGAGCCUAAGCAGUCAUUUCGUCCGCGCUAUCGAGGCCAAUUUUCAGGCAAGGCAGCUUUAUUGAGGCCAACAACCUUGUCACCACAUCAGAUUUACCUCGCUAAAAAACAUGACGCGGACAUUGUGUUUAGGGAGCAUACUAAUUAG